AUGGCUGACUCUGCGCAAGAGAUUUCGGUCAACAUCAAAGGACCUUCUGAGCUGCGUCUGUCGGUUAAGAUUGCCACUGACGCGACGAUCAGGCAGCUCAAGGAGAAGAUACAGGAACAAAAGCCCGAAGUCACUGCUGAGAGGUGAGUGAAUGCUAUACUUGCGAGCUCGACGUCAUGACGUCUGCAUUGCCAUCAGUCUUUGGAUCGAUCCGAAGGCUUCCCGAGCUCGAGAGCUGCCCUGUGGCCUGGUGCUGAUGCGUCUACUCGCGCGUUCACCCAGUCAAAGGCUGAUCUAUAGCGGCAAAGUGCUCAAAGACGACGAGACCGUUGCGUUCUACAAACUUGUGGUGCGUAAAAGGGUCUAUCUGGGGAGGACGACCAUCUUGCUGCAGCAAGCAAACAAAGCAUUGAGGAGUCUCUUGUCCCGAUACAGAAUGGCCACACGAUACACAUGGUGCGCUCGGCUUCUCGUUCGGCUCCCACGACAGGCAAUCCAUCCACCGGCUCUGCGCCGAGCGCUUCCAGCACCAACGCAUCCGGCUCUAGCGCUGCUAAUAGCGCAGCUCAAGGUGUACCUGCCAACUUUGGUGCAGGUCAACAAUUCGCCAACAAUCCUCUCAGUGCGCUCAACAGAGCUGAUUAUGCUGGUCCCCAGCUCACCGCGGCUCAGAACCAGAUGUUUGAUGGUCAGUUGGUGGCGCGUGCUACACCGCGAGGAAAGCUUGCCUGACAGUACUGCGCUUGCGCUUUUGCUCUUGGCAGGCAUGAACGUUCAGGAUCCAAACUUUAUGAUGAACAUGCUGGAGAACGACAGCUUCAGGCAGCAAUUGCGCGAAACGCUUUCGUGAGUCGCAAGAGCAUGAACGAAGGCCAGCACUGCGACUUUGCAGAUUUUGAUGCCGAGGAACUUUUCGAUCUCUUUGCACAAUCAUCUCAGACGCCCCGAGAUGAUUGAUCAGCUUAUCGACGCCAACCCUCAGCUGCGCAACAUGCCCGGAGCAAGGGACAUGCUCCGCUCGCCCUUUUUCAUAGACAUGAUGACAGACCCAGCGUGAGUCUGCUCGUCUUCGUCCAAUAAAAGCCUUGGAGCUUAUCACCUCUUCUCGGGACGUGGCUCGACAGCACGAUGAGACGAGCCGCGCAGUUUUCGCAAAUGAUGGGAGGUGGCGCUGGAGGCGGAGCUGGAGGAGCAGGCAUGUUUGGGGGAGGCGGACAAGCACCUCAGUGGCCUCCUCCUGGCGCUUUCGGUACCGGAGGUGAACAAGGGCCAGGCCAGGGACAGAAUCAAGCGGGAGGGGCACCUGGCUCAUCAGCUGCGCAAAAUCCUUUUGCGGCGCUUGGAGCUUUGGGCGGCCAAGGUGCUGGGGGUUCAGGUGGAGCUGGAGGUAUGAUGGAUCCCUCUUUCCUUCGCAGUCUGUUUGGUGAAGGAGGUCCCGGUGGAGCUGGCGCAGGUAGCCCUCCUGCUGGUAACCCAUUCGCAGGUGGAGCGAACCCUUUCGCUGCAGCGCUCGGCGGACUUGGAGGCUUCGGCGGCGGAACACCACCUGCUCCGGCUGACGGACGUCCACACGAGGAGAGGUAUGCAGACGAGCUGGCACAGAUGCAGGUGAGUGGCGAGCAACACGGGUGGAUUGAUGCGUGGCUACGCGAAGCUCUCGGCACAAUGCUUGGACAGACGAGUGCAGCGCUUCAUGAUCUUCUGACGACUGGCUCCGAUGCUCGAACUGCACUUCUGCCAUCUACAGGCUAUGGGUCUGACGGACGGACCUAGAAAUUUGAGAGCUUUGCUCUUGGCGGGAGGCAAUGUGCAAGGAGCAAUCAACAUCAUCUUUGAUGGAGGUGCGAACUAA